AUGCCACCUCCUACAAGCGUGUUUCACCCAAAGAAUGCAGCCCGACUCAAAUGGGCAUCUCUCUGUCCCGUCGCAGUCAAUAGCGAUAUCGAAUUGACCUCAUCGAAGGGAUACGAUGAUGCUCUGAUUGAGUGGUGCCGACAGCAGAAUCCCGAGAACAGAGCGAUUCUGCCGAUGAAAGUAGCGACGCAGCUCAAAUGGUCGGUUGCCUAUCCAGAAAAGUACUAUACAAUACGAUGGGAGGCAGUGGAUAUGGGAAGGCAGCAGAGGGACACUCUCCAAAUAAUUAAUCAGUCCGGAACAAUCCACACGGAGGACGAAAAGGUAUUUCAUUGUUGUGAAUGGCAGUAUGAGGGCGUCAUACCGAACAAUCUAGUUGCUCCCAUGAAGCGUCAAUCUAGCGCACAGUAAUAAGUGUUUUUGAUUUAC